GCGUAAAUGUGACUUGACAAAUGGUCCAGGUUUCCUCCCUCAAGAUGCCUGGGAGUGACGCAGGGCAGACGGAAAAAACUGGGGCUGCUCCGUAAAUGAAAGACCCAGAAACAAUUUGAACUGAAAUGGUCUACAGGCCUCCUGUCCUCUCACCUGUCCUGCCACACACUGGCCUGUCUGUCCACUGUAGCUGGAGGAGUCUUCUGGUCCAGCCGCGUGUGCGCUGAUCCUCGGGGCGGCUCAUUUGGACUCGAUUCCAAGGUGAUCAAUAACCUUCAUAGGAAAGUGCUGUAGGCUUUUUCUUCCGUGUUACUGCCUGGCCACCUCAAAGAAGACUUUUGCACUUGCCAUUCUAUCAUAACAAGUCGCCACCAUGAAUUACCUUCGUCGUCGACUCUCUGAUAGUAAUUUUAUUUCCAACCUGCCCAAUGGCUACAUGACGGACCUACAGCGGCCCGAGCCUCCGCAGCAGACCCCUGCAGUGUCUCCUGGCUCAGAGAGGCGCCAGGUCGGCAGUCAGCCUCAGACUGGGCCAGCCACAGGAGGAGGAUCCACGGGCUUCUUCUCAUCCAUAUCCAAUGCUGUCAAACAAACCACCGCAGCCGCUGCUGCCACCCUGUCAGAGGCUGCAGAUCGGGCUGGCGUCUCCAGCAACGCCAAGAUCCUCCUGGUCAUUGAUGACCAGCAGACUGACUGGGUGAAGGUUUUCAGGGGAAGAAAAGUCCAUGGCGAAUCUGACAUCAAAGUAGAACAGGCCGAAUUUUCUGAAAUCAAUCUUGUCGCGAAUGCAAUGGGUGUUUACAGUGUCACCAUAGAGGCCAUCAGGGGCGGACACAAAGUUAAUAAGACAAUUAAGCCGGAUUUUGUGCUGAUUCGACAACAUGCCUUCAGCAUGGACAAAAAUGGGGACCACCGCAAUAUAGUCAUAGGCUUACAAUACGCCGGGCUGCCAAGUGUCAACUCUGUACACUCUGUUUAUAAUUUUUGUGACAAACCGUGGGUGUUUGCUCAGAUGUCCAAACUCCAUAAGCAGAUGGGUCCAGAGGAGUUUCCGUUAAUAGAGCAGGUUUAUUAUCCCAAUCACAAGGAAAUGAUCUCUUCUCCACAUUUCCCUGUUGUGGUGAAGAUGGGUCAUGCCCACUCAGGAAUGGGAAAGGUCAAAGUUGACAAUCAAUAUGAUUUUCAAGACAUUGCCAGCAUUGUAGCACUAACCAAGACCUAUGCCACAUCUGAACCCUUCAUUGAUGCAAAAUAUGAUGUCAGAAUUCAAAAAAUUGGCAACAAUUACAAAGCAUACAUGAGAACAUCCAUUUCUGGUAACUGGAAAACCAACACCGGCUCUUCGAUGUUGGAGCAGGUGGCUAUGUCAGACAAGUACAAAAUGUGGGUUGACUCAUGUGCAGAUAUAUUUGGAGGCUUAGAUAUUUGUGCAGUUGAAGCUCUACAUGGAAAAGAUGGCAAAGACUAUGUAAUUGAGGUAGAUGACUGUUCAAUGCCACUUAUUGGAGAUCAGCAGGAUGAAGACCGGAUUCAGAUUGCAGAACUUGUGGUUUCAAAGAUGAAUCAGUGUGUCCCACGAAGCUCCUCUACAAAAGCAUCUUCCCCCCAACCAGUCUCACAGGUCAGAGAACCACAGUCACAACAACGUCCUUCUCCUCAAGGUGGUCCUCAGCAGAGCCCACCCUCUCAGCAGCGCCCAUCACCUCAAGGACAGCCUCCGGCCCAGCCUGCUGAGACCAGUCCUUCCAAAACCAGCCCUGGUGUGUCCCAGCAGAGGCCUGUGGGACAGGGGGCUGCUCAGAAACAGGUCUCUGUGCCCCAGCAGCAGAAGCCUGCUCCAGGUGGAGGUGCUGCACAGAGGCCUGCUCAGCCCCCCAGGCAGCAGUCACAGAGUGGUGUGCAACCUAAAGGCCCCGGGCAGCAGCAGCCAGCCCGUCCUGGAGCAGCUCCUACCCAGCAGCCGCGACCCGCCACUCAAGGGCAGGGAGGACGACCCUCAGUGCAACAAAAGCCUCAGCCGCCUCAGAAGCCAAUCCAGGACAGUCCUGUGACAGGCAGCUCUCCACAAAUAAAAAACCCCAGUGCCACCAGCAGCCAGCCGUAACCAGGAGGAGGAGAAGGCUGAGACCAUUCGCAAUCUACGCAAGUCCUUCGCCAGUCUAUUCUCAGACUGAGACUUCAUGAACCCAACUUCAAUUAUAAUCAGAUGAAAAGAUGGACAAACUACAAAAAGGUGGAUUCCAGCAAACCAGGGCCAUCUUUAAAUGUACUGCCAAAAAAUACAUAUUUCAAUUUGUUCCUAAAUUAAGUUGAAGAUGUAGUAAAUAUAGAAACUUAUCUAACAUUCCUCGCAUCACUUUAAGAAAGUCACUCACCAUUAUUUGAAAGUAGGUUCACACAUGCCACACAACCAUAUAUAUGCAUGACUUGUCACUACUGCCCCCUAUUGUUAGUCCUGUGACACCAUUGUGACCUUAAUUAAGUUUCCAUUUUAAAAAUAGUGCAUUUGAAUGUUCAACCAAUGCUUGAUAUGUUUCAGCUUUUCAGCAAUGAUGUUGUAACUGCAUGUUGACCAGAGGCAAAUUACCAAACUUCCCAACAUGGCUGCUUGUAACUGUGUUGUCACAUGUACUUAAAUCAGUAGUAGCUUAGUAAUAGAUGUUGUAAGAGUGUUGUUGCUGCCUUCUUCUAUGUCCCUCAUGUUCUCCAUCCUUCCAAACGCAUGCCUUACAUGGACAAAGAAGUCAACUGGAGUUGUCUCAGGGAAGUCAACUAGAUUGUGAUACUUAUAUGGGUGAGGGUCUUCCAGUGCAGUGGUCAUUGUAAGACUACUUAAUAAUAACAAUAAUGCAGCCGAUUUUUGUGUCUAUUAUUGCAUUAGUAUGAAGACACGUUUGCACAGUGAAUAUUGCUGAUACUUGAACACAAACGAUUAUAGCAAAUCAUCUUUCUGUGAUCCUCCAAUGGACACUGUUGCUAUUGUGACAUAGGUGGCAUGGGUUAAUUACGGUACCAUUACCAUUAGCAGUUUGUAAAUCCCUUAGUUUCGAAGCAGUGUAGUAAUAUUUCAAAAGACAGUAAGCCUACAUGAUGGUUGGACGUGAUGUCUUGUUAGAUUUUUUUUUUAAAGAUAAUUUUAAGAUAUGUUGUUUAUUGUGAAACUAACAAAGUUCCACUUGCAGUUUAAUUUUUCAAAAGACAAGGCUCAAUACAUAGAGACUAUACUCCAAAAUUUGUCAGUGUAUUUUCCAAAAUGUAUACAGCCAAGGAAUGUAAUGAAUCACUCAUCUAUAGAUAUGACGUAAUAAUAAGGCUAUGGGAUGUCAGCUUGAUGCAUUAGCAGUCAUUUUGGCAUAUGCCGUGUAAGUUUUUUGCACUGAACACAUAGUUCUGUUUCCAAGCACCAAAAAUGUCUUCCAAAAAGUGCUUUCUGUUUGAAAGUUGAUGGCAAUAUCAUGCUUUUAUAGUGAAGACCCGAUAGCCAUAAGGUUAUACAGUCCUUGCAGAGUUCUUCAUGCUGCCUGUGUUUCUCAGUACAGGUUGUGUAGCCACAGUGACCCCUAGUGCUCAAUGGUGUGAAUGUCGUGUAACAGGUCAAAUAAAAUGAGUAAAUAUAUCUUGGGAGUUAUGCAAACUGUCACUUGCUGCUAUCUGUGAUGUUUUGUGAAUUUAGUAUAAGGUCAUGUGUCUGUUUUUAUUAUUAUCUUUUUUUAUUCUUUUUUAUGAGUACAUUUUUAUUGAAUGUAUUUGUUGAGACUCCUAGGUUAUUUGGAAAAAAAACUCGCUAAUGUCAAAGUGGUUGUCCUUUAUGGUUAAGAUUGUCCAUGAUGCCUCUGAUUGUGAAACUGUGAAAGAAAACUAUUGUUAUUGAUUUAAUAUUAUAUUUUUGCAUUGUUUUAGCUGAAUGUAUUUUUGUCUUUGCCUUUUAGUUUAUAAACGUUAAAGUGUGAAAGUUGGAAAUAAUUACAUACUUGCCACUUCUGAGAAUAUAAGUCCAUUUUAUUGUAAACAUACACAGUCUGUGCAAGAAUUAAAAGUUGAGAAUCGUGUGAAUCAUAAAACAAAUGAUGGUGUAUUUAUAAUUUAAAUGUAAAGACCUAUUGGUGUUAUAUGCAAUGUAGCUCUAUAAUGUACAAAACAGGCACAUAUCUAAUAAAGUCUAUAAAAGUGGUUGUUUAAGAUUUGAAAUGC